AUGACCACUGAAUCGUUUACCAUCCUCGUUCCCGCAACAUCUGCCAACAUCGGUCCUGGCUUUGACGUCGUUGGCCUCUCAUUAUCCCUGCAGCUGAAGCUCUUCGUAAAGUAUCCCUUGUCGCCUCCCCCUCAGUAUCUUGCACCGGCUAUAACAUACUCAGGCGAAGGUGCUGGCGAGGUUCCGCUCGAUGCGUACAAAAAUCUUACCACACGCGUCGCCCUCUACGUCCUUCGAUGUCAUGGCAUCCGCAUGUUUCCUUCUCAUCUCGCCAUCAUUGUCGAGAACGAGAUCCCCUUUGGCCGUGGGCUUGGCUCUUCAGGCGCCGCCGUUAUCGCAGGCGUCCUGCUAGGCAGUGAGCUCGGCCACCUCAAUCUGCCAAAGGAGCGUCUUUUAGAUUUCGCGCUUAUGGUCGAACGCCAUCCAGAUAAUGUUACCGCCGCCCUGAUCGGCGGCUUUGUGGGGUCCUAUCUGAAAGAGUUGGAUGAGCAGGCGAGCGAGGCGGCGAGUGUACCGCUGAGUGAGGUCCUACCUGAGUACCCUCCCGACGCAGGAGAGGACUGGGGUCUAAACCCACCUGUCCCACCACUAGGUAUAGGCCACUAUGUGCGUUUUGGGUGGUCUGAAACCAUCAAAGCGGUCGCCAUCAUCCCAAGGUUCGAAUUGAGCACUGCGAAAGCGAGAGAAGUCUUGCCGACGCACUAUUCUCGCAAAGAUCUAGUUUUCAAUUUACAGCGCUUAGCUGUUCUUACAACGGCAUUGGGUCAAACUCCCCCCGACCCAGACCUCAUCUACGAAGCUAUGAAGGAUCGUGUACACCAACCAUUCCGCAGGUCUUUGAUUCCUGGUCUUCCAGAAGUUACAUCGUCGAUUACACCUUCUACGCAUCCCGGUCUACUUGGUAUUUGCCUUUCGGGAGCAGGUCCCACCAUCUUGGCCUUGGCUACACAUGGCUUUGAAGCGAUUGCUGAGGAUGCGCGUAGCAUUUUCAAGAAAUUCGGAAUUGAGAUUGACUGGAAAGUCUUGGAGGUAGCCCCUGGUUGCACCAUCCAUCGAUAAUAGACGAACAAUUCCAUGGUAUAGGGCAAUUAGAUAGUCUACAUGUUGUGAAUGAUGUUGUUCCAUGCCAAGAAAAAAUAGGUAGAUCUACACGUAA